AAAAAUCUGGAUCUAAAUAAUUGUGUUGUUUUAUCUCAAUAGUUAUAGUGAUUUAUAAUUAAAAUAUUUAUUUUUAAAAUCAGAAUUUAAUUAAUUAAUAAUAAUAAUCUCAAAAAACAAUUGAAUGCAAAUAAUUGAAUUGACAAUUUUUUAAAAUAAAUGUUGUCAUCAAUUAGAUUACUAAUUUGUAUUGUUUUAAGUGGGUGCUGCUAUAGCUGCCAUGCCCAGGCCCAAAACCAGUAUCAAUAUCUGGGUGUCAAACACGCCAAGCAAAUGGAGGCGCCCAGUUUGGAGUCGGGUGCCGGCUCUAUGGGCGGCGGUGGUGGUGGUGGUGCCCAAAAUUACGGCUCACCUGACGAUAGCGAAGAUCAUGGAGCAGCACCGGGCUCAGGCAAUCAACUGUUUCCGGAUGAAAACACUGAUCCGAUAACUGGCAAAAAGUGCAACAAAGAAGGUGAGGAAAAUGGUUGGCGAGAAAUGCCAAACAUGCCACGUAUGCGGUCACUGGCCGGUCCCGAAAAUGACCAAACAAAUUGUGUUAAUCCGCGAGCACUGGAACCGCCAACAGUUACGCCCAACAUUAAAAUGAUUGACCGAAAAAAAGAGGAAUCCGACUGCAAGAUUGUCAAACGGGUUCACUUGACGCCCACCGAUAUCAAGACAAUGGAAAAAGAUCUCAAAACUAACCGCAAAGAAUAUAUCGAAACCUAUACCGAAAGCUAUGUAGUGACCAGUAUUAAGACAAUAUUCAAAACAAGAAGACGUCUAUUCAUGCAAAAACGUAAGAUUGUUAACCAGAAAAUGAUAGAACCGGUAGUUAUUAUACGAAGAAAAGUGGUCAAUGAGAGGCAAUUGUUUGAGAGGAUAGUACCGAAAGUAAUUGAAACCAGAGAAAUCAUACAUAAGCCGGCAGUCAAGUCCAAGAUAGUCGAGGGACCCAUAUUUGAGAUCUACGCGCCAGCGCCCAGAAGUUUGGGUCCUGCCUGUCCUGAAGUCGAAUUCGAUGCCAACAACAAUGGCCAACCAGCCAAUUACUAUCAGCCACCACCACCUCCACCACCACCACCACAACCACAACCACAACCACCACCAGCAGAUUGUCCGUCACCACAACCACCACCAGAAGAUUGUCCGUCAGAACAACCUCAACAAUAUGCAGCACAACCUCAACAAUAUGCAGCACAACCUCAACAAUUUGCAGCACAACCACAACAAUAUGCAGCACAACCACAACCACAACAAUAUGCAGCACAACCACAACAAUAUGCAGCACAACCACAAGCUCAACAACAGUCAUAAAAAAUAUCAACAAUUGUUUUAAAUAGUCAGAAAAAAUUAAUAAAAUUAUUAAAUAAUCAAUAAAUUUAUUACUUGUAAUAAUGAUGUUU